CUCCGCGCUGAUUGGCUGCUGGCCGCUGACUUGUGCUCCAUCCUGCAGGCCGACUCUCACAGAGCCGGGCUGAGUGCUCAGUCAGCGCUCCUCCCGGUGAUCCCCGACACCGCUACCUGCUGCUCCUCCACACACAUACACACACACACUCACACACACACACACACACUCACACAAACACACUCAUGAGUGCGCGUUGCGUCUGUGCGCUGCUGCAACCUGCCGACUUCACCUGAACGAGCAAAGCGGGGGAACAGAACCACUAAACAAUGCGUGCAUAUUGCAUUAUGCGAUAUCGCAGGUUAUUACUACUUUUGCGCACUUUUAGGAGGUAACGGGGCAGGUGUCAGCUUGCGUGCCAUCACCAUGGAUUGUCUUUUUCUUCUGAUAUGGACUUUACCCAUCCCGCUGGUCGGCUGCACCUCACUCAAGCUCCUGCCCACCCUCUUAUCCUGGAAUAUUAUCAAGACGCUGCACAUUUACUGCUCACACACCUCCCACACCGCCUCGGCCAGCUAUUCUUCCAGCGACAGCCACGGAUUAAAUCAUGACUACGUGUUUGUAACCCCGGUGGAGGUGGACUCUGAGGGAGGCUACCUGACUCACGAUGUGAGCAGGCGAAGCCAUCGCAGCAGAAGGUCCCUCUCUUCUUCUCUGCACUACCGGCUCUCGGCCUUCGGGCGGGACAUGCACCUGGACCUGCAUCCGUCCUCUGUGGUCGGACCAGGGUUCACCGUGCAGACGCUCGGCACGGAUGGCAUCGCCACGGUGAUGGGUGACGUGGGGUUUCACAACUGCCUGUAUCAGGGAUUUAUCCGUAACCUGACCGCCUCCUCUGCAGCCAUAUCGACGUGCUCUGGACUCUCAGGUUUGAUCCGUGUGUCUCAGGAGGAGUAUCUGAUUGCCCCGCUACCCCAACAUCUGGCUGAACGACACAACUACAGCGCCCCCGAUGGUCACCACCCGCACGUAGUCUACAAACGCUCAGCGGAACACGUUGUCCACAGAAGGUCUAGCAGCCCAUCUAGCACUGGUUCUUCCAGACCUGACUACUCGUACCUUCACCAUCAUCAUCAGCAGCAGCAGCAUCAUCACCAUGACUACCAGCAUGGAAAGCUGCAGAGGCAACACUUCUGCGGACGCCGCAAGCAAUACGCUCCCAAACCUCCCACUGAGGACAGUUUCAUCAUGCCUGACGAGUUUGCGAUACCUGAGGCAGAAGGGCCAGGAAGGGCAAAGAGAUCGCCCAUCAACUCCAACAGGGUGGGGGGCCUGAAUGUGGAGACCCUGGUGGUGGCAGACAGGAAGAUGCUGGAGAAACACGGCAGGGACAACGUCACCACCUACGUCCUCACCGUCAUGAAUAUGGUUUCCAGUCUUUUCAAAGAUGGCACCAUUGGGACGGAUAUCAACAUUGUAGUGGUUAGCUUGUUACUCCUGGAACAGGACCCGCUGGGCCUGACCAUCAAUCACCAUGCUGACCAGUCCCUCAACAGUUUCUGUCAGUGGCAGUCAGGUCUGGUGGGGAAAGGUGGUAAACGGCACGACCAUGCUGUCCUCCUCACCGGACUGGACAUCUGUUCCUGGAAGAAUGAGCCCUGUGACACCCUGGGCUUUGCCCCCAUCAGUGGAAUGUGCAGCAAGUACAGGAGCUGUACCAUCAAUGAAGAUACAGGACUGGGCUUGGCUUUCACCAUCGCUCACGAAUCUGGACACAAUUUUGGGAUGAUACAUGAUGGUGAGGGGAACCCUUGUCGCAAGACAGAAGGCAACAUUAUGUCUCCCACUCUGGCUGGAAACAAUGGGGUCUUCUUCUGGUCCACCUGCAGUCGACAGUAUCUCAGCCGCUUCCUUGGAACAGCCCAGGCAUCCUGUCUGGUGGAUGAGCCUAAGCAGAUCGGUCAGUACAAGUACCCUGAACAGCUUCCCGGGCAGCUGUAUGACGCAGACACACAGUGCAAGUGGCAGUUUGGUUCCAAAGCCAAACUGUGCAGCCUGGAUUUUGUCAAGGACAUCUGCAAGUCGCUGUGGUGUCAUCGCACAGGGCACCGGUGUGAGACCAAGUUCAUGCCUGCUGCAGAAGGCACCAGCUGUGGUCCUGACAUGUGGUGUCGGAGGGGUCAGUGCGUCAAAUAUGGGGAGCAUGGUCCCAGGGCGGUCCAUGGCCAGUGGUCAUCCUGGUCUCAGUGGUCUGACUGCUCCAGAACUUGUGGAGGAGGGGUCAUGUACAGGGAGCGCUCCUGCACCAGCCCAAGGCCACAGAACAAUGGUAAAUUUUGCUCAGGCUCCAGCCGUCUCAACCAGCUGUGCAACACUCGGCCAUGCCCUCUUAACGCUGUGGACUUCAGGGCCCAGCAGUGCGCUGAAUACAACAGCAAGCCCUUCAGGGGCUGGUAUUAUAAGUGGAAGCCCUACACCAAAGUGGAUGAUGAAGACAUCUGUAAGCUGUACUGCAUUGCAGAAGACUUUGACUUCUUCUUCGCCAUGUCCAGCAAGGUCAAAGACGGCACCUCCUGCUCUGACCACAAAGGAGAUGUCUGCAUCGAUGGAGUUUGUGAGGCAGUAGGCUGUGACCAGAUUCUGGGCUCCAAGGCCUCUCUGGAUGCCUGCGGAGUCUGUAAGGGAGACAACUCCACUUGCAAGUUCUUCAAGGGCCAGUACACCCUUCAACACAGGGCUAACGAGUAUUACUCCAUGGUAACGGUCCCAGCUGGGGCACGCAGCAUUCGCGUUCAGGAAAUGGAGGUCUCCACCAGCUACCUGGCUGUCCGCUCCCUGAAGAGGAAGUACUACCUGACCGGGGACUGGACUGUGGACUGGCCGGGGAAGUUCCACUUCGGUGGGGCCGUGUUCGACUACCAGCGCUCUUUCAACAAGCCGGAGAGCCUGUAUGCUGCUGGACCUACUAAUGAGACGCUGGUGUUUGAAAUCCUUCUGCAGGGAAAGAACCCGGGAGUGGUGUGGGAGUACACCCUGCCUCGCACUGAGAGGAAACCCGACUACAGCUGGGGUGUGGUGCGCUCUGACUGCUCUGCUCCUUGUGCUGGAGGUCGCAUCUCCACCAAGGCUAUCUGUCUGCAGGACCAGAAGGUUCAGGUCAACUCCACCAUGUGUAAUCCCCACACCAGACCAACACUGGGCUCCCAUCUCUGCAACACACAGCCAUGCCCUGCAUACUGGGCCACAGGAGACUGGGGGUCCUGCAGUCGCUCGUGUGGAGGAGGUCAGCAGACCAGGACGCUGCGCUGCCUGAGGAAGGUGACUUACCAGAGGGAAGAGGUGGUGGCGCACUCCCUCUGUCCCGUCAUCUCUCCGGCCCAGGUCCAGCCCUGCCACACCCAGGCCUGCCCGCCCGAGUGGAGCACCGGAUCCUGGUCACAGUGCUCUAAGACCUGUGGCCGUGGACUGAGGAAGCGGAGCGUGUUUUGCCGCAGCACUGAUCCUGGGGCCAAAGCUGUGGUGGUGCCCGACAGCAUGUGCAGACAGCACCACAAACCCAAAGCCCAAGAGACCUGCGUUCUGCGGCGCUGCCCCAAGAACGAAAGGCUGCAGUGGAUCCCCACUCCCUGGGGAGAGUGCUCCAGGUCUUGUGGCUCAGGCAUCCAGAAACGAGAGCUUCACUGCGGGGAGAGAGACUCGCAGGGAGGGUAUGUGGAAUUCCCCAUACGGAGGUGCAGGAAUACGGCCAAACCUUUGGUGGAUCUCCAGCAGGGCUGCAACCGAGGUCCGUGCCCAGAGCUCCCCCGGGUCGUCCCUGGCAGAACCACCUCCACUGCUGUGGUCUUAGGCUGGUACUCCUCUCCCUGGCAACAGUGCUCUGUUUCCUGUGGCGGAGGAGUCCAGACUCGGUCCAUUCAGUGUCUCCGGCAAGGUCGCCCUGCAGCUGGCUGCCUGCCCCACCAGAGGCCCGUCACUUCUAGGGCCUGCAACACACACUUCUGUCCAGCUGCGCCCCCGGCACCGGCACAACGCCCCAGCCGGGUCACAGCUGUUGGACCGACAUUGAAAGACGAACACUGCGUGGACCAUUUCAGCUGGUGUCACUUGGUUCCUCAGCACGGCGUUUGUAACCACAAGUUCUAUGGACAGCAGUGCUGCAAGUCCUGCUCCAGCAAGAGGCCGUAGAGAGGGAGUCUGUGGCUUCGGGCCUCCGAAGGAAACACAACCACAGAGGCCAUUUGGGAGCGAUUACUCACAACACACAGAACUGUGCUCAACACUUGUGUGUUUUCUUCCUGGAGUACUUGACUAAUGAAUUUUGUAAAGAAGUAAAAGAGAGAAACCACAAACUCUUUAUUGUUAAAGAAGGCAAUGUGUCUGCUGACGCUCAUCUGCCAAAGUGGUCAAGUCAUCAUGUAACUGAUCACAUUGGAACUGGAAAGACAAUGCACAUUACAGAGCAUCUGAAGACUUUUUGAUGUAAUAUGUUGUCAUUUUGUCGAGUGUUUUCCUUUUGAAACCUCUAAAGCUACAAGCCAUCAAGAGAACAGGAAAGGACAAUGGCGUUUCUAGCUUGCUUAUAUGUUGUAUUUUAAAAGGCAUCUGGUUUCAUACUCCUUUAUUUAAGUUAUUAUGGUUCGUAAUAUAUGAUUUUACAUUUUGUCAGGUGUACAGUGGAUCUGUUGUGACAUGUUAUUUCUAUGUUUGGAUAUACCAUAGGAUUGUGCCAGUCACCCUUGGAUCCACAUUAUGAGAUUUUCUAUCAGGCAUUAGUAAUUGAUGGUCAGAUGUCUUCUGCACUUCUCCCUGACACACUCUCCGCUUGUUAUGUUUACUGCUGCUGAAUCAUACCGAGACACAUUUUUCAUGUGCAUUCCAUUCAUGUUAACGCUAUGAAAACAUGCCUCUGUGUGUACGUAAAACAUGUUAUUCAGUCACGUUGUAAGUGGUCAUUUUUAUCUCUCCUGUAUGGUUAUGGUAAUACAACUUGAUCAUCUGA